AAUAUAUUUGAGCAGAAUUCUUAGUGCCAGAUUAGAGUAGAAACUUUGCAGUUUGAAAAUUUACAACAUUUAUUUUGUGAUCAGUUCUCUAGCCUCCAAGAACCGGUUAACCGAAGUGCGAGUGCGAGGGUGGGGUUGAGUUGCGGAGCGACAGAAAUAAAGGCAGAAAUACCAUCGAGUGAAAGAACAACAACACAGCCGGAGUGUCGUUUUUCGAAUUCGAGCGGAUUUUGGAGCGUGCCAUGCAACGGUGUUGCGGAUUUGCGGUGCCCGGCGAACGAUGAAGGGUUGCCUGGUGCUGGCGGUGCUUCAGGGGGCGGUCCUGGUGGCUACCCUGACCUCAGGUCCAGCCGCCGAAUUUUCUCAGCACCAAAUCGUGAGGCCCUCGUUGGUGCACAGCCGUGAGAAGAGACACUUGAACUCGACCAGAAUCGCUGAGGGCAUCAACGAAAAAACCAACGAGAACAAUCACGUGCAUGACUUGGCCGUCUCGAUCAACAUAUCCGGCGAAGAUGUGGUUUUGGACUUGAAACUCAACCAGGAGCUCCUCGGCAAAUCGUACUUUGUGCGAACGCAGGGAAAGUCCAGCCCGCAGGUUCACAGGCCCUCGGCGGAUGAGGUGAAUCUCUGCGAGUACAACGGGAAAAUCAGAGGCAAACCCCAAUCCUGGGCUGCAAUAUCGACGUGCAGUGGACUGAGUGGUACCAUUUUUGAUGGGGAAGAAAUCCACUACAUUGAGCCAAAGAACAAGGAAGACGGACCAACAGGAGACCACUUCCUCUACAGACACUCCUCCCUUGAAUCCAACCACACUUGUGGAUUUCCUGACACUCCUCAUGUGAUUCAUCCAAAUCCUCUUCCUGGAAACAGAUUCAAAAGGAGUGUAGGCGAGGGCGACAGCGGAGUCAUCAGAGCCCCGUACAACUCGAACAAACAAUCUAGAUACGUAGAGCUAGUUUUUGUAGUAGACAAUGAGGAAUUCAAGCAGCUCGGCUCGGUCGAGAAGGUGCACAACCACUGCAAGAACAUCGCCAACAUAAUCAACGCACUCUAUUCGCCGCUCAACAUUUACAUCGCGCUGAUCGGAAUUGUGAUCUGGACCGAACGCGAUGAAAUUAAAAUCAACAAUAACGGAGAUGAAACCCUUUCUGCUUUCCUGCACUACAGGAGAGUUACCCUGGUCAAAGAGCACCCCAAUGACAAUGCUCAACUCCUCACGAGAAUGCAGUUCGAUGGGGGCGUCGUCGGCAAGGCUCUCAAGGGGCCCAUCUGCACAUUUGAGUUUUCUGGAGGCAUCAGCGUGGACCACAGUGCAACCGUGGGCCUGGUUGCCACCACAGUUGCCCAUGAAAUGGGCCAUAACUUUGGAAUGGAGCACGACACCAGCGACUGCAACUGCCCAACGGACCGGUGCAUCAUGGCGCCUUCUUCCAACUCCAAGCUCUUCACACACUGGAGCGACUGCAGUUUGGAAUACCUAGCGCAUGCCUUUGAGCAUGGGAUGGACUACUGCCUGAGAAACAAACCAGAAAAGUUAUUUGGCAGCCCAGUUUGCGGAAAUGACUUUGUAGAACCUGGUGAGCAGUGCGACUGUGGCCUUCCUGAGCAUUGCAAAAACCCUUGCUGCAACGCGGCCACUUGCAUGCUCCACUCCAACGCAACUUGUGCCACUGGGAAGUGCUGCGACUUAGACACCUGCCGGCCAAAACGGGCUGGAAUUGAGUGUCGGUCAGCUGAUCAUGAGUGUGAUCUGCCUGAGUUCUGUACUGGCGAGUCUGAGUUCUGUCCAGACAAUGUAUAUAAAAUCGAUGGAGAGCUAUGCAACAAGGCAAAGGCGUAUUGCUUCAAGGGAACCUGCAGAACGCAUUCAGACCAGUGCAAGUUGCUUUGGGGACCGUCGGGCCAAAACUCCGAAAGCAAGUGCUAUGAGGACAUGAACAUCAAAGGGUCUCAGCACGGCAAUUGUGGCUUCAACAGAUUGAAUCACUCGUACAUUAAGUGCGAGAGGAAAGACGUUCUUUGCGGGAUGCUGCACUGCAAACAUCUUAAUGAGAGACUAGAGUUUGGAAUGGAAUCGGUCGCGAUAUUGAGCCAGACCUUCCUCAACACACGCACUGGUGGAAUCAUUGCUUGCAGGAAUGCAAUUGUUGAUCUCGGAUUGAAUGAAGUGGAUCCAGGACUGGCACCAGAUGGUGCAAAAUGUGGAGAAGGAAAGAUGUGUGUCAACCAGAAAUGCAUGGCUGUUGAGUCACUGGUGGUAACGAAGUGCGAAAAUGACUGCAACGGUAAUGGAGUGUGCAACAGCAUGGGGCAGUGCCACUGCAAUGUGGGCUACGCGCCUCCCGACUGCAUUUCUGCUGGUUUUGGUGGAAGCCUCCAAAGUGGACCCGCGUCUGAUCCAAACGGCACUAGCAGCUUGCAGAAAUUACUUAUAUUUGUGUUGGCCGCCAUCCUGAUGAUCAUGGUGCUAUUCUUCACCGCAUACCUGGCGCAUAGCUGGCGCACCAAACGGCCCGUGCAAGACAGCAACAGCGCACACUCGAAAGGCGCCGACAUCAGCAAGCUCAAGGAGUCCAUCUCGCGUCCGCUGCCUUCGGCGACGUCUGAUAGCGCGCAGGCUUCCCUGCUCACGGCCACCGAGCAGUUGAACGCCCUGAUCGCGCAGCACCAGUCCCCGCCCCCUCCACCCUCGCUGCCUAAUCUGGUGCCAAUACGCCCGGCGCCGCCAAAACCAAUGUCCCCUCCCCCCACGGCCCCCGAGGCGCCGCCGGAGCCUCCGAAAGGCUAUCAGGCGGUGGCUGUCGACAGUCCGACCAACAACGGUGGCCCCCUCGAACCGCCGCCCAUCAAGGUGGUACGUGAAGGUACAUCCACCCUGUCCAGAAUUGCGUCCAUGCUGAAGCCCGUGCCCCACGGCCAGCCUCCAGCAGCCGUGCAAGCUAGGAACAAACCCAAGAUCAACAGGGAAAAUUUGAGAUCGCUUCAUAUAUCGGAGCCCAUUCCUCUACAGAACAUCGAAGUGCCUGGAGCAGUGGAAACGAAUGCAGCCCCUCGUCCAGUUGUGCUGCGAGCGCAUAGCAUGCGAGACCCGCAGUCUGUCCCGAAAGCACCUUUAACCUCGUUCGGCUCAAUGAGGGCGAAGCGGCCGACCAGCCUGGCGAGCAACAGGCCAUCGGCACCACCCCCGCGGCCGCCACCACAAAAGGACACUCACCAGUACGACGAUUGCGGCAACACCAUGCCUGACAUACCUGACGGACAGGCGCCCCUGGCCCACAUCGAUGAGGAGAACUCGCCUACCUCAGGUGACAACAUUUACGCCGUUAUUGAAGAGAGUCCGCCUCCAAUGUCAGCGAAGAAGAAUCUUCAGGAGAUUCCCAGGGUGUACACGACCCCGAACGGUGAGUACCAGUGUCCGAAACCGCCGGACAACGCGACUUCCUCUGGCAGCCUCGAGUCGGUUGGCCUCCUCUCGGAGAUCGUGUCUGAAAUGCAGGCGCGCAACAUUGAGUCGAUCUACACAACAAGCAGCAUCAAGGAUGAUGACAAGCGGUGUCCAAGCUCGCUGUCCAGUUCGACGAGUGGCACCUACGUCAACGCCAUGUACACCAACAUGCCGAGCAACUCGUCGCCCACGCCAAGCCAGGCGUCAAGCAACCAGUACUUGCGACCGUCGGCGAUGGCGCCUCCCGCCUUGCCGGUGGCCGACACGCCAGCUCCAUUCUCCACCUUCCGCACGGCCCCAAAGCCUCCGCAAUUACCCAAAGACAACAAGGUGGACACUCCUAAGCUGACGGCUGUUGUUAAUGCGCCGGAGGACAAACCGAAAUCAAUCGUCGAAGCACAAAAAGCGACCAACGGCCCGAAACCAAUCAUGAAGAGCGGCCAGAAACCUGAGGCGGCUGAAAAACCCAAGGUAACCUUCUCAAAAACAGCCACCUCCCCUGAGAGCAAAGCGCCAACGGCCGCCAAGCCUUCCGCGGCGGCCAAGUCUUCUGCAGCAGCCAAGCCUUCCGCAGCAACCAAGCCCUCAUCAGCUGCCGCCCCAAAGCCGCCGUCCAAGCCCGGCGACCGGGUGCGGCCACAAAUUUCGGGCCCGACGCUAAUCUCGAGCUCAGCGCCGGCCGUGGCGGCCAAACCAACGGCCGCGAAGGCCCCAAGCGCGGCGCUGGUCAAGUCGGUGCUGAUGGCGCACGAGGGGUCAAAGAUGGCGCAGCGGCCGCUGCCUGAGAAGCCGGUGGUGGCCAAGGUGCCUCCGCCGCCCGCGGCCAGGAAGACCGUCGGCCCCAAGUCAGGCGGCCCCGACCUCCUGGCCGCCUGCGACCGCCCGCCAAACAACCGCGGCCCAGACGUGCUUGAGAAACAGUCAAAGCAGCCGCCGCCCCCGCCGACCAGAGCGAACAACAGUGUUGCUGCCCUGCAGCACAAAUUUGAGUCAAGGGGGGCCAAGUAGGUUGUGGCUGAGAGUGCGAAAUGGCUGAAUUCUGUGAUACUAGUGAGCUGAAAGACAAUUUUUUAGUUUGCAGUUAAUAUCUUUAUACAAUUUUCGUUUUUAAUUCAAAAUGGUGCAAUCACCACCAAAGACAAAUCAGUUGACGACGAAGAACAUGUUUCUCGAUUGUACUACAAUUUAUGUUUCGAAGUUGAUUUAUUAAAUUCGAGAUCCGGUAUUGUCUCUCUUUAAAUGGCUGCUUUUUUUCAGAGAUUGUAGCUCUUGAUUAGGCGUAGCUUUUGUAUCGUUCCAAGCGGCCGAUUCAAUUUGUUGUCGAAGUUGUCUCGCUAGCUUGAGUAAAUUAGUUACUUUUUGCGCACGCUCAAAAGUCUGUCGUGUUCCGCGACUUGCAUUUGGAAAUAUUACAAAUAUAUAAUAUAUAUACGCACCUAAAUCGUAAAUUAAUGCCUGUCUGUCGAACAAACUGCACUGUGCUCGAGGCGAAACGCCAUGACUUCUCAAAAUCGAAUGAAAUUACACUUGAGACUGCUUCGUUUGGAGGUGUAAAAUUUAGGGAUCGCCGCCUCAAAACCCACUCGGAACAAUUGAAAGUCUUUCCCCCCCACCCCCUUUUCAGAUGCUUCCGCUGCAUCCCUCGCCCUUUCGACCACGCUCUUAAGAGCUCUCUCUCUCUAUCAGCAUUUAGUUCUACAUACAUAUAAUGCAGUUGCCUUAAUUGACCACUGUCGUACCAAACUCGUGGCACUUUCUCAGGUUAGGAUUAAAAAGUAGUUAUCACUCGCACUUGGCUGAGGAAGAUUAACGAGGUGCCGAAGAGAAAUUCGAACGUGUGUUUUGAUCGGGGUAGUUAGUGCUGCUUCACCCUUUUUAUUUUGAUAAACUCCAGUCAAAAUGAGUGUCUUGUGUUUUUCCGUUUCACUUGUUACCAAAGAUAAUUGAUAAUAAUUUAUGCAUCUACUGUUAAAUUUUGAGAUUGAUUGGCAGCGUAUUUUAUUCUUUUUUUACGGCGAAAUGAUUUCGAACAAGAGGCAGUUUAAUUAGGCUUAGGAAAUAUGAGUGAAAUUAUAUAGUGUCGUUAGAACCGUAAUUUAUUUUUGUUGUUGUAAUCAGAGCAAGCUGCACGAAAUGAAUUGUGCGUGGAAAGCUAAGCAUGAUUGUAAGUAAUUUAGUGUGUACCACACGAGAUUAAUAUAGAUGACAACUCAUCAAACAUUUAGACUUGAAUGUGCUGUAGAGCUAUUACUACUAUUCGUCGAUACUAUAAUGGAGAAACCAUGUAACCAACUGAACAGUCAGUGUUCCUAAUUUUUAAAAUUGGCUUUUUUUCGUAAAUUAUGAAUAAAACAUCACACUUCUGCAUCAAAAAA